CCUGCUGCCAGUUGAUUGGUGGGAUUCUUUAAUCUUCCUCCAUGUCAUCCUCCUUGGAUACCUUGUGGUUGGCUGCCCUAGUUUUUGGCGACCCUCCUUACGGUGUGUAGAUUUCCCUCUGCAUGUAGUUUAUGGCUGCUGCUCUAAUUUGGCAAAAUUCAGGGGAGGUGGGUGUAACAGAGUUGAAAAUGCUGUUGAGAAAUAUAUAGUUUUUAUGAGUUUUGCCAUUAUUGAGCAGAAUAUUGUUCGUUGGAGACACCUUGUGGCACUUCGGAGAACUGCAGGUCUGUUGCGUUUUGACCCUCUGGGGUUCCCGUAGCCGAGUCAGAAAAGCGAUUCCCUGGCUCGGGUAAGUUUACUAUUUAAUGUGCUCUGUUUUCAAUUAUUGUUUCCUCUUCGUAAAAUGCAAUGUAAACUGUGUACUUGAUGUAUCUUAUUAAUGAUGUAAUUGUGUACACGCUGUGGGGAUAUGCAGGAAAUUUACUAAGUUGUAAAGAAAGUUAUUUACAUUUUCUAUUAACCACGAGGAUCUUUUGGGAGAUUAGCAUCUUCCUACACCUGCAGUAGAUGUGUUAGCAUAGUGUUCGUUUUGUGGAUGAAUUAUGCAAGUAUGCAUGAGAAUUCACAUCAUAUUUACCUCUACUAUGUAUCACUGUUAUAUGGCACUGUAUAUGCAUGUAUUCUGGUGGCAUGGUACUUUAGAAUUCUGAAUGUUUGAUCGGUUUUCCGAACCGCAAUGAUUCCAUGCCUGAGCAUUCUGCUUGCCUCUCUCCCUCUCUGGAACUAUGACGUUGCAUACGGUUCUUCGUGAAAUUAAUGUUACUUUUAUUUUUAUUGUACAGAUGCUGCAGUAAUGCCCAUUCUGAUCUGUUAAGGUAUGUCUCCAGUGGUGAAUUGUAUUUUGUUUCAUUGCUGUGUUAAAAUGUUUGGAGUCAAGAAAAGCGAUUCCCUGGCUCGGAUGCUGCAGUAAUGCCCAUUCUGAUCUGUUAAGGAAAUAAACUGCCGUCCAAAGAAAGUCCGCCUCCUGUGCCUGCUUGAGUCCGUUUCACACCCCUACUACUCGCCCACCUGCCUGUCUACCUGCUAGCUUGUCUUGUGGUGGGAAAUGCUUGUGGGUGAGGUACGGGUCAUCAUUAAGGAGCACUGCAAGAGAUACCUGAAGGAGAGUCUGGUGAUGAUGGCAUGCAGUAGGCGAAAAUAAAUACAUAAAAGAAGAGAUGCCAUGCUGCUGAUCCUGUCCGGGAGAGGAAGAGGAGAAUUCUGAAGAAGAGUAGAGGAGGAGGAGGAGCAGGUGUCUAAGAAGUGAGAUUGACAGAGAGAGGGAGUAAACUAACAGCCUACCAGACGCCAAGACUUGGUGGAGAUGGAAAGCAGAGUCUAGGGCUGGAAGCUGACUACACUGAAACCCCAUCAUCUGAGUUGGAGUGUGAAACUAUAAGCAGCACCAUGCUCUACCCUGCCCUCCUCUGCGUACUUCUGUUGUUGCUGAGUCCCCUCAGACCCACAGAGUCACGAGCACUUUACCCACCCAACUCCAACAACGCCAUGCAGUUUCUGGAGCAGGUCCUGGACCGCUACAAUGACCUCCUGACCCAGGACGACCUUGAGAACCUGACGGAUGACCAAUCGGAGCAGCCUCUGCAGCCGUACGGUUCCGCCGUCAAGGUGGCCGAGUACCCCAAGUGGGCGGACCUGCCGGCGCAGAGCAGCGACAACUCCUGGCUCCGCCUCAUCCGCACGGCCCUGGCCAAUCAGAAGCGAGCGGUGCCGGACCGCGUGAGGCGGGGCUGGAACCGCGGCUGCUUUGGCCUCAAGCUGGACCGCAUCGGGUCAAUGAGUGGACUCGGGUGCUAGAGGCGAAGUCUGAGGAUUGUCAACACAGAGAGUGGGUGAAUGAAUGAUUUGAAGAAAUGCAUGGAUGAAUGAACGAUUGAUUGACUUUAUAUGUGAUUGGCAGAAAGGAGGAGUAGAAUGAUGGACAUUGAAUUUAAUGUGAAUUUGAUCCUUUCUCAAGUACACUACAAGGGAUGUAGCGAAGGAAUGAAGGAAUGAAGGUCACACACACACACACACACACACACACACACACACACACACACACACACACACACACACACACACACACACACACACACACACACACACACACACACACACACACACACACAGAGAGAGAGAGAGAAAUGUGGGGGCAUUUGAAGGCAUUCAGAGAGAAAAUGACAGCCACAGCUGAAAAAGAAGUGAGAUGCACAGUACUUUUUUUUCAAGGAUGUCUCAGUUCAGUUUUAAAGCCUUGCUCAUACUCUCACAACAGCAUCUCCAAAAUUGCACUCAAACUGGAGACAGAUUAGUUGGCUCAUCUAGUUUCCAUGGUAAAGUGUUGGCAUGGUGGAUGAUCUCACGUCACCGUGCAGCAUGUGGUAAUGCAUCUUUGAUGAAUUGAAAUUACUGUAUGUAGUAUUUUGGGCAUUCAUGUAUAUUGAUCCGUAUGGUAUGAAAACAAACUGUAUUAAAUAUCGUGUGGAGAAUUAUUUGAAGUGAAAGUGCAUGAUGAUUAAUAAUAAACAUUAACAUAACAGUGGUUUGCUCUAUGUUUUUCUGUAUAUGGUGCAUGA